GAUUAAAUAAAACUUUCUCCACCACACUGUGCUUGUAAUGCACGUUGGGUGCGAAGCCAAAUCAAAACAGAAAGCCUCAUGCUGACAACUCUGGCCUGUGGACAUCACAUUUUCCUUUUGAAGAUGUUUCUUGCCCUUCUCUUCUUCUUUAAUCGCCUGCUCCAUCCAUUCUUUUCUGAUUCUACAUCUCACCUUUUCUAAAACCUGCUAUUGUGAGACUAGGUCAGGUGCAACUGCUUUCAGAUUUGUCAUCGUUUUCCUGAGAUGGUGUGAGAUGGAGACAGCGCCCCCCUGGAUGAAAUGGAAAAUGACAGCUUUGCAUUCUACCUAUUCCUAGUGCCAAGGUUCCCUUGGUCCUUUUUUCCCCUUAAGUGCAAAGCGCUUAGUCGGCGCCUUUCGGAUCUCAUCAUUUUCGAGAGCUUCUCAGAUCAUCCUUUGCUCUCUAACAAGGCAGACAUGCUGUGUACUUCCUUUCUUUUGUCUCUGUUCUAGCCCAGAAAGGAAGGUUUGUGGUGGCGAGGAGGGACGAGGAUGACCCGGUAACGGACGACUCCAAAUCGCAUCCGGUAGGUUCUUCCUAUACGGCCAUGAGUCAGCCACCGACCGGGGGCGCUCCCCCUGCGACUGCAGCUUCUGUCGCCGCCGGUGUCGCGACGGAAGCUCGGCUGCACCCAGAGGGGAGCAGCAGAAAGCAACAGCGAGCUCAGUCCCCCGCCAGACCCAAGGACAGUGCGGCCCGACAGACCACCCCGGCCAGCCGGUCCCUCGUGGGAGCCGGCACGAAACUGAAUUCUGCCCGGCAGCAGCAGCUGCAGCAGCAGCAACAACAGGGCAACAAGACCGGUGGCCGAGCCGCGCCCACGACCAGCGCUCGGGGCGGCGGAGGCGGGGCGGAGAAGGCUGCGGCCCAGCCGCCCAAAGGCCCCGGCUCCGGAGCUGUCCAAGCGGCGGCUGGGAAGGGCGUGCGCGCUCCGCAGAGGGGCGGCAGCGGCGGAGAGGAGGCCUCCCCUUCGCCGUCGUCCUCGGCUGCGGGCAAAACCCAGGGCCCCAGCGGCAGGAACCCCGGCAGCGGCGGAGGGGGCUACUGGAAGGAAGGAUGCCUGCAGUCUGAGCUCAUCCAGUUUCACCUCAAGAAGGAGCGGGCGGCGGCGGCCGCGGCGCAGAUGCACACCAAGAACGGCGGCGGCAGCCACAGCCGCGGCUCCCCGGUCGCCGGCGCCACCGCCGUCUGCGAGCCGCUUGCCGUCCUCUCGGCCGCGCCAAUGGCGGCGGCGGCGGAGGGCCCCCAGCAGAGCGCGGAGGGCGGCGCGAGCAGCGGGAACAUGCAGGCAGGGGCGCCCGCGUCGUCCCAGCCGCACCCGCAGCAGCUCCAGGAGCAAGAAGAAAUGCAGGAGGAGAUGGAGAAGCUUCGGGAGGAGAAUGAGACGCUCAAGAACGAGAUCGAUGAGCUGAGGACCGAGAUGGACGAGAUGAGGGACACUUUCUUCGAGGAGGAUGCCUGUCAACUGCAGGAAAUGCGCCGCGAGUUGGAGAGAGCCAACAAAAACUGCCGGAUCCUGCAGUACCGCCUCCGCAAAGCCGAGCGCAAAAGGCUCCGCUACGCGCAGACGGGGGAGAUCGACGGGGAGCUGCUCCGCAGCCUGGAGCAGGACCUCAAGGUUGCAAAGGAUGUAUCUGUGAGACUACACCAUGAAUUGGAAAAUGUAGAAGAAAAGAGAACAACAACAGAAGAUGAAAAUGAGAAAUUGAGGCAACAGCUUAUAGAAGUUGAGAUUGCAAAGCAAGCUUUACAGAAUGAGCUGGAAAAAAUGAAAGAGUUAUCUUUAAAAAGAAGAGGAAGUAAAGACUUGCCAAAAUCUGAAAAAAAGGCUCAACAGACUCCUACAGAGGAGGACAGUGAAGAUCUGAAAUGCCAGCUGCAGUUCGUCAAGGAAGAAGCCGCUUUGAUGAGAAAGAAAAUGGCCAAGAUUGACAAGGAAAAGGACCGAUUCGAACACGAGCUCCAGAAAUACCGAUCCUUUUAUGGGGAUCUCGACAGCCCCCUGCCCAAAGGAGAAGCCGGGGGCCCGCCAAGCACGAGGGAGGCUGAACUCAAGCUACGGCUGAGGCUGGUGGAGGAAGAAGCCAACAUCCUGGGCAGGAAAAUCGUGGAACUGGAGGUGGAGAACCGCGGCCUGAAGGCCGAACUGGACGACCUGCGAGGCGAGGACUUCAACGGCUCGGCCAACCCCCUCCUGCGCGAGCAGAGCGAGUCCCUGUCGGAGCUGCGGCAGCACCUGCAGCUGGUGGAGGACGAGACGGAGCUGCUGCGGAGGAACGUGGCCGACCUGGAGGAGCAGAACAAGCGCAUCACGGCGGAGCUCAACAAGUACAAGUACAAGUCGGCGGGCCACGACAGCGCGCGGCACCACGACAGCGCCAAGACAGAGGCCCUGCAGGAGGAGCUGAAGGCGGCGCGCCUGCAGAUCAACGAGCUCAGCGGCAAGGUCAUGCAGCUGCAGUACGAGAACCGCGUGCUCAUGUCCAACAUGCAGCGCUACGACCUGGCCUCGCACCUGGGCAUCCGCGGCAGUCCCCGCGACAGCGACGCCGAGAGCGACGCGGGCAAGAAGGAGAGCGACGACGACGCGCGGCCGCCGCACCGCAAGCGCGAAGGGCCCAUCGGCGGCGAGAGCGACUCGGAGGAGGUGCGCAACAUCCGCUGCCUCACGCCCACCCGCUCCUUCUACCCCGCGGCGCCCGGGCCCUGGCCCAAGAGCUUCUCCGACCGGCAGCAGCUGAAGGACAUCCGCUCGGAGGCCGAGCGCCUGGGCAAGACCAUCGACCGGCUCAUCGCCGACACGAGCACCAUCAUCACCGAAGCCCGGAUUUACGUGGCCAACGGGGACCUGUUCGGACUGAUGGACGAGGAGGACGACGGCAGCCGCAUCCGCGAGCACGAGCUGCUCUAUCGCAUCAAUGCGCAGAUGAAGGCCUUCCGCAAGGAGCUGCAGACCUUCAUCGACCGCCUGGAGGUGCCCAAGUCGGCCGAGGAGCGCAGCGCCGAGGAGCCCAUAUCCGUGAGUCAGACAAGCCGUUAAAGAAGUUUAAUUUCUGUAGUAACUAAUGCCCUAAAAACACUGAAGACUGCUUAUUUCUUUAAAAAACAACUCAUCUUACCACUACAAAAUUCUUUAAGGAGUCCAAAACUAAAAUUUCAGGGUGAAGAUUUUUCAAGCAUCUGCAGAGUGGAGAUUGCAAUGACAAGGAACUAA